ACGUCCUCCUUUCCCUCCUUGUUACCUCUCGGUUCUUCCCCAACCUCUUUAUUCUUAAAUAUUUUAUAUGUAUAAGUCUAUCUAGUAGACUCUUGCGACCUGUAUUCAUCAUAGACUAUUCUUAUUUGUUACCGUGCAUCGGUCGAUGACUAGCUAUCUUUUGACGUUCUAGGUUCCGGGGAUUUUCUGGUAGGGAGCUUGCCCUUCAAAUGUUCACUGCCCCGCUCAACUUUCCAGGUUGUUUUUGUUCCUUUAGUCGCGCGGUUUGUCUUGUGGCUAAAUCUGCCAGUUUUCUUGCGCCGUGUCCUGUCUUUCUAUGACUAGAUGACUGCCUUGGUCACUGCCUAACAACACGUUGGCCUUAAACCAAAAUUACUAGCAAGCAUUCGAACAAUCUUUUGUUGUCGCAUAUCGAUCCACCCCGCACAGAACUUGUCGCAUCUACAUACCGAGACUUGAUCUGUGUUGAAAAUCAUGGCUAGCUUCAUGCAGGAUCUCUGGGAGUCCAUCUUCACUCCCGGUACAACACCGACACUCCUAGUUGCAACCAAUGCCACCUUUGCCUGUCUCCAGCUCGUCCUUCUUCUCCUGUUGGUCGCAACAUACAGUAUCCAUUUCAUAAUACUGUCGUUCUUGUGUGGAGGACUCUGGUGGGCUAUCAACUGGUUUGCGGCCGAGUUAAGAGUCGCCCAGGCAAAGGAGGCUAGGGAAAAGGCACGUUCUGAACGAGCCGCGGCAGUGAAAUCAUCAGAAGACAGUGAGACCGAAGUAGAGACAGCCUUUAUUCCGAAAAGUAAAGCAACAUUGGCAAGCAAAGAGUUAGAAGUUACGGAGCAGACAGGGGAGUUAAAGCUCCGUACAGAACCGUCAUCCUCGUCAGGAACAAAAUCUAGUGCCAGUACAGAAGAUGAAUGGGAAAAGGUAUCCGAGAAUGAAAAUGAGAAGGACAAAUGAAUUCACGAAUUCACAAAUCCAACGAUUACGAUGAACCGAUAUAGGAUGUUAGGAGGAAGCAUUUGCACGAGCGUAUGUAGCUAGUUGGGGUCGGCGGCAUAAUGGCAUUAUAUACCUGUUUCAGAACCUUUAGAGUUUAUACCAUCAUCGCAUUUUAUUUCUAGUAUCUUCUGGACCUCUAUAUUCACAUUUUAUCAAGGCGAUUGUUACCGUUCAAUUCAUACAUUUAGGUACAUAGGUACAUAGCAUAGCGGCCUGAGAUUACUGGGGCUGCGGAGGUGACGAUUGAGGAUAUUUCAGGCACUUAGGUACUUAGGUA